AAAACCUGCCACCAGUUUAUAUCAUGCUCAUUGAGUGUUCUGAUUUCUCAGUCGAACCUUUAGGAAAUUGGAAGGUCGCCGUGGUGUUAUAGAUAUGGUGUCCGCCUAUCGACCGGGAGAUAACGUGUUCGAUCCCCACUCUGGGAGUGCUCUUUAGAUUUCCCCCAAAGACACCAAGUGCUGGCUCAAGUACAAGGAAACGGACGUGUGGGGGUUUCAAAUAAGCCGAAUGCAUUCUAUGCAAUCGAGAUAAAAUAAAUAGGUUAUUCAAUAGUCCACUAAUUUUUGAGCGGUAAAUAUACAGAAUUUCGGGCCAAAGACAAACACGUAAACAAACUAGAAAUAAGAUCCAUCUACAAAGAUCGUUACGACAAAACUACGAGACAAUUACAAAUUCGUAGUAUUAAAAGAGAUCAUAGAUAUAUUCAAACGACGUGUGUCUGAAAAAAUAACGAGUAAAUUUCUGGUAGUAGUUAAACGGUCAAUGUCUGAUGAUCGGCAACUAACGUCACAGUUCGAAUAUGCAUAUCCUGUGUUUAUCGAAAGCGAUUGUUUGCCGCAAAUCGCGAUGAUCUGGAUAGGUUUAUAGAAAUCAAAGAACUCCUUUCUAAAGAUAUGUCGUCACCAAAUAUUAUAUCACCAAGGUUCCGGUUGCCGAAAAGGCUGGAGGUCUACGUGUGCAUUGGUGACAUUGUGGCUUACGAUGAACCAAGGGCUGGUAUCGUCAACCCAGUUGUUAUCCGUAGUGCUGGUAAAGUAGAUGGAAAAGGCAAGGUUUUCGAGAGACUGAAAGAAGCAGGCGGGAAAGAAUACAUCGCCGACUUAAAUAAUGUCGUACCUCAAGAUGGUUGUGAAUGUGUGCUCACAAAAGGUGGCCAGUUAAAGUCAUUGAUAAUACAUCCAUUACGCAAAGUAAUUAAUGACGAUACGAAGAAAGAUGCCUUUAUCAACAAUAUGAAAGACUCCCUACUUGAGGCUCGGCAAGCAAAUUUACACAAGUUGAUUUUUCCACUGGUUUACUCAGGAUCUGGCGGAAUACCACUCGAAGAAUGUGCCUUCUUCUAUGCUUGCGCAAUCUAUGAAUACGGUCAAAAAUAUAGCGAUAGUCUUCAGGGACCACACCAAAUUUUAUUCGUUGAGCAUGACAUGGAGAAAGCUAAAUCACUCGUGAAUUUAUUCAACGUUUUGUUUCCGACAUUAUUCGCACAUCAUAUGGUCAUUCCAAAAGAUUAUGAUAUCGUGAAGGUAUCACAUGUGUACGUGAAUCAGGCACUGGUGCGUCGGGAACGUGUUAGCAAUACGUAUGAGACAAUUGAACAACAUGGACAAGAGGACAUUGAUAUCGAAAAAGGAGAAAGUUUAAAUGCCGUUCCAGGUAGGCGAUCUAUCCAGGUGGCAGCAGUAAACAUAACACAAGAUGUCAACAUGUUUGCUACACCAGUUUAUGAAAAUAUUGAUUCAGUUAGUGUUUGCGAUAUUGAUGUAGGACAAGAGCAAUCGGUUUCCGACAUAGAUGAAAAUCGAAACCUGGAACUGAACUCAGAUAACACACCGGAUUACGACAUCAUUAAAGACACUAUGAAUGAACAUGAGGCGAACAUGCAUAGAUCAAUUUCUAUUAAUGCAUCUGAUUAUGAAGAAAUAAAAGAGCUUGAUCAGCCUGGAACAAUGAUGGAGAACAAAUCAGCAAUGACCAAAGAGGAACAGACAAUUACUAAAGAGGGACAGACAAUUACUAAAGAGGAACAGACAAUUACUAAAGAGGAACAGUCAAUUACUAAAGAAGAACAGGACAUUUCUACAGCUGAUCAGUCAAAUACUAAUCAGGAACAAGCAAAGACUAAAGAGCCAAACUUUGUUUUGGGUGAAUUUACAUUUGAGAAAACAACGCUUGUAAUUCAACAGUAUGAUAUUCGUGAUGCUGAGGUUGAUGUAAUAGUUUGCCCCGAAUAUCAAAGGGGUGAAUUCGAAUUCGAAGGAUUUGUGCCGAAUGGUAUUAGAUGUGCAUUUGGUGUCGAGAAAGGGACGAUAGAAGAAAAGAUUUUUGAAAGAGAAAGGGUAGCAACAUCAUUCUGCUCUAAAUACAAAUACAAAGUAACCUACGUUUACCAUGUCAAAGCAGCUGUGUUUAAAUUUGGACAGUAUCCAAUUACGAGAGAUUCCGAAGAGAAUCUUCGAACGACUGUGGAGAAAGUGUUUGAUAAGCUACAUCGUCUGAAGAAUCGAAAUAUAAAGACCAUAGCCUUCCCGCUAAUCGGUUCUAUCGAUGUUUCUGACAAAGAUCUGAUCAAAUCAUUGUGCAGUCAUUUUAUAAAGGUGAUAUUCAGGUGUUGUGACAAACGGUGCGGUUCAGACAAACUGGAGGUACAAAUUGUGAACCACUGUCCUACAAUCACAGAAUGGCUUCAAGAAUCUCUGUACAAAACAGCUAAUGGUGAUUAUACCUACUGGUGACCAUGUGACUGGCAGCUACAUGUGAUCACAGAUGUUGGUCAAAAUGGAAAUGUGAGAAAUUUUAUUCAACAGCUGACGAUAUUAACCUAUCGAAGAACACAAUUCGACGUCUUCCUGUUGGUCGAAUUUUGUUGGUAAAAAUGAAAAUAAUAGAAUUAUUAAAUGGAUUUUGAAACCAAA